UUUCUAUACCCUUGUCAUUUGUGUAAAUUUUUAUUUGGUGCAGCUCUAGGUUUAAUGGACUAGAUAGUUGUUCAAAUACAUAUUGGAACUUAUUUUUUUCAAUGCCUCUAUACUCAGAAGCAUCAAAAUUCUUUCAAAUAUCAUUAAUCUUGAUCAUUUUUAUUUGUUUUGGACUUGGGGUUGAACUAAGGAAUUUUUUGAUCUUUCAGACAUAUAGUCCUUUGAAUAGAUUCUUUGCAUUCAAGACAAGACAUCAGUUCUGAAGUAGGGUAUUCUGAACCUAAUAAUCAAUGUUAUAAUCUUUAACUUCAAUUGUUCCAUCAUUUUCUUUGAUUUUGGUAAUCCAAUUUUUCAAGUUUCCCUUCCAGAGCUCCCUUGAUUCGUGGGAAAACUGGUCCAUGAAUUAUUGUAACCAAUGAUUUUGGUGUAAUACUCCAGAACUGUUACUGCUCAGGAUUGCUUUUGAAAUAAAAAUUUCCUCUUGUUGUCGGUGGUCAAAGAUUUGUUGGGGUUUACCGCUGUAGCUGACAAUUGCGUGGAUAACUGUGUGCAAUCAGAAAUGGCUUAAAGUAUGAAGGAGAAUUUUAGAAGUUAUAUUUAUCUCAAUCUUUCAAGGAAGAGUAUUAGAUUAAGGAAUUUAGCAAGUAUUUUGAGUAUUUCAAUCCACCUUUUUG